CCUUAGUUUCCGACAACUACGCAUGCGCAGAAAAUGAAAAGCGCUGGCUCGUCAUGGCGGCGUCCUAGCAAACAUUUAAGCGAUGCUAAUGUUUAUUACUGCUGCAGAUAAUUGCCCACCACGGAGGGGAACAUGCAUAAUGAGAAGAGAAUAAGCAUGGAAGACACAUGGACUGCAGCGGAGUUGAAAAGACAUCUAUCCAGGAAGAAGGACGAACACGACAGGAAGCACCGUGGUGGGGACUCCACCGAGAGACGUCACCGGGACCCGGACUGGGAAUCCACAGACAGACAUGGGGACAGACGUGACGCAAGGAAUUGGGACAGAAAAGAAGAUAGGGAAAGACGGAGGGAACGAGACAGGCAGGGCAGACAUGGACAUGACUCCAGAGAGGACAGAGACAAGAGGAAGGAUCAAAUGAGGCACGACAAGGACAGACUGAGGGAUGGACGCGACGAAGAGGACAGGCAUAGGAGAAGGGAAGACAGGGAAAGACGGCGAGAAGAACGAGACAGGGAACGCAGGACUGGGCAGGACAGAAGGACACAUGAGGAGAGAGAGCACAGGGAAGGAGACAUGGACUUGGAACGGAGGAGGGAAGACAAGGAAAGACGCCGUGAAGAACGGGACAGAAGGACACAUGAGGAGACAGAGGACAGGGAAGGAGACAUAGACUUGGAGCGGAGGGAAGACAAGGAAAGACGACGGGAAGAACGAGACAGGGAACGCAGGACUGAGCGGGACAGAAGGACACACGAGAGAGAGCACAAGGAAGGAGACAUAGACAUGGAGCGGAGGAGGGAAGACAAGGAAAGACGCCGUGAAGAACGGGACAGAAGGACACAUGAGGAGAGAGAGGACAGGGAAGGAGACAUAGACUUGGAGCGGAGGAGGGAAGACAAGGAAAGACGGCGGGAAGAACGAGACAGGGAACGCAGGAUUGAGCGGGACAGACGGACACACGAGAGAGAGCACAGGGAAGGAGACAUGGACUUGGAAAGGAGGAGGGAAGACAAGGAAAGACGGCGGGAAGAACGAGACAGGGAACGCAGGACUGAGAGGGACAGAAGGACACAUGAUGAGAGAGAGAAGAGGGAAGGAGACGUAGACUUGGAACGGAGGAGGGACGACCGAGACAGACGAGAGAGACAAGAAGACAGGAAGCAUUCAAGAGUGGAAAGAGAGCAACAGCGAAAGCAUAAAGAAGAGCGAGAGACGAGACACAAAGACAGAAGACAUCACGAUGAACGACGGAGACGGGACUUGGAGGAAGGAGCCGAAGCGCUCAGGCAUCGGCGUGGCGAUGAGGAGCAUGCAGAAAGGGACAGGCGCAGAGAGAGGAGACACCGAGAAGACUCGGAGACACAUCCCAGAGACGGACAUCAGGACAAACAAAGUCCCAGCCAAGAGAGAAGAAGUGUAAAAAAAGCUGAGGAGCACGUGAUGCAUUCAGGGGACGUGGCAGCUCAAGAAGCAGGAGACGCAGAACAACCAGUUGCCAUUGAUGAGUCUUUGCAGCAGUAUGAAGAUGACUUUGAGGAUUAUGAGGAGGAUUUUGAGGAACUGGAUGAGAAAGACAAGGAUGGCAAGGAAGAGGAAGAGGAGGUGAAAGCCAUCCAGAGAGCCAUGGGUGAAGAGAACCAAAGAGUCAGAGCAUCUCUUUCUUCUCUUAGCAGAGAAGAAGAGGAGAAGAUGCCUGAAGUAAAGAGCCCUGCCCAGAAGCCCGGUAGAAGCUCCCAACGUGGGAAGUUCAUGGACUUUGUGGCUGCGAGGCAGCGAGAAGUCAUCAAGAAAGUGUCCAGCAAACAAAAGAAGCGUAGUGCAGAGCUUCUUCGUCUCAUCGAUCUGGAUUUGUCCACCACAAUGUCCCUCUUGGACCUGCCUCCAGUCAGUGAAUAUGACAUGUAUAUUAGGAACUUUGGAGCCGCCAACACAAAGCAGGCUUACGUACAGUGUAACGAGGACAAUGUGGACCGGGAUGUCCAAACAGAGGAGAUAGACAUCAGUGAGAAGUGGACACAGCAUCCUGCAGAGCACUGCGGCGCCUGUGGCGAUCCAUCCGGGUCACAUGACACACAAGACAUGAGCGGGGUGAACUUGGAUUCAAGACGACUGGCCACCUUCCUGCGCUCUGCUUCCCAGGUGAUGGUGGUCCUGCUGGAGGAGGAUCACGCCCAGAAGACUUCCUUUAAAGGGAGGAGCACGCAAACGGACACGCUGUCUUUCAGUGAUGGAAGUGUGCAGCUCAACACUAAGCUGCCUUUUCUUGACGGACGCACCAUCAGCGUGCUGCACUUCUCUCCCGUGCAGAGACACACGCUGCUGUCUGUCCACCAGCCCGCAUUGUCUCCCGGCGCCGUGGUGCAACUGGACCACUGCAGCAUCAUCUGCAUCUGGAGGAUAUGGGAGCCCUCCAGACCUCAGAAGAUCCUUCUGGUGGAGUCUGAGGUGACGUGCUGCUGUUUCAGCCCGGGAAAGUCCACGUUGGUGUUCGCGGGCACAUCCAUCGGGUCAGUGGGGUUGUGGGACCUCAGGGAGCCUGACGGGGAUCACGAGCGCCUGAAGGUCGGUGAGGACGAGUGGACCUUCAGACGACCUACCUUCUCUACUGACGCGCUGUCCGCAGCCCAUUUCUCAUCCGUGACGUCCGUGGAGGUUGUUCCCGCCAGUGUGCCGGGAAGGCCGGGGUCAGAGGUCCCCCUUCUGGCAUCCGAGGAAGAGUUGUUGGGAUUAUCCUUCCAGCUGGCUUCCCUGGAUGAGAGCGGCCUUUUGAAUAUUUGGGUGGUGCUGCAACUCCCAAAAGCCAAUGAGGCGGGCAGUCAGACUGAUCUAGGCUUGAGGCCAGGUGGCAAAGUGAAGCUUCUGCACAGCUCGUCGUGCGUGAUGAGUGAGGGGGCCUGGCCGUGGCUUGCAGACAAAAGUGUGCCACUGCAGACGCUGGCUUUGAAAUUCCUCCCCACUGACUGCAGCCAUUUCUUCAUCGGCACCAGCAUGGGUCUGGUCCGCCAUGGGACCACUCAGGGUUUGAAGGCCCCACCCAAGUUCUACAGCUCUCAGGACUUUGGGGCGCGACUUGUUGAUGUCAGCGCCAUCCACUUUUCUCCUUUCAGGCCGUGUUUGUUCUUGGUGGGCUGCGGGGAUGGAAGCGUCCGACUGCACCAGGUCAGCUGUGACAAGCCAGUGGCCGAGUGGACCGACAGCACGGCCGGGGAAUCGGUGGUCUCGCUGCAGUGGAGCCAGACCAGACCCGCCGUCUUCUGCGUGGUGGACGCCGCUUCCAACCUUCACGUGUGGGACCUGCUGAAGAAGGACUCGGGACCUCUGGUCACAGAGCACAUGGAUAGGCUGACGGCCAUGGCUGCGUUCGGAGAUCCGGGACAACAGAACGCGUAUUCGGGAAUAGCGACGGCCCAGCAUUCUGGCAAAAUAGAGAUGCACUAUUUCACACACGACUUUAGUCUACCAAGUUAUGAAGAAGACGAAACACUGGAGAGAAUCAGCCAAGCUCUCUGAACCUUUGCACAUUGAUAUCAUCGAUGUUACUCCUUUAUUUAAACAGCACUUUUAUGACUGGACUAGUUCUGUUUUAUCACAUCAUUACCAUCAUUACACGAACGGGACCAAAGAUCUCACUCUCUUUUAUUGAUGUAAAUAUUUCUACUUUUUCCACUUGUACAAACAUAUGAAACAUAUGUUUCAGUAUCACAUUUUAUUCAAUGAAAAUAAAUAUUUACUAUGUUAAAGUAUCAUGGGUACUUUG